AUGCUGUCUUCUUCUCCCAACGUUAAACCCUAAUAAGGGGAAGCGCUUACCGGGGUUUUAAGGACUUCUCUGCGCAAUCCCCAUUGGAGCGUCCAACCAGAUAUGCGCAGAAGAGGGCUCCACCACCUCCUUCGUCGCUCGCCUCCCCUUGCUCUUCUUCCCACCUCCAAGCCUCAGAAGCUGGUCGCUUUCCCUCCUUCCCGUGCGCCCCCGUCGUCCCGCUUUCGCCUCUUUGCUGCUCUUGAAGUCCCCCCCGUGCAGUCCCUGUUUGGGCCCGGCGAUGCCCGGUUCUUCUCCACCUCUUCGCCCGACGACGAUCUCGAGGGCCUGAUUCAUCCGGACGACCCGGUUUUGGCUGGGGAUUCUCGGGUCGAGGCCUUCUCGGCUGCCGAGUUCGAGUUCCUGCGCGAAUCGUUGUCGGGUUCAGGGCACGGCGGAGAGUCCUCCGCGCGUGAUCUUGGUCGAGAUGCGGGUGACGACGAGGCUGUUUUAGUCGCGAAUGCCAUUGAGAAUUGUGAGGAUGGGUUCGGGGACGGAACCCAGAAGCUUCUCAGGCGAUUUAGGGAGAAAUUGAAUCCGUAUCUGGUGAUCGGGGUUUUGAAGAUUGUGAAAAACCCGGAAUUGGCUGUUAAGUUCUUCUUGUGGGCAGGUAGACAAAUUGGGUAUGCUCACACGGGGGCUGUGUAUAAUGCAUUGCUGGAAAGACUCGGUUGUGAUGAUAGUGAGAGAAUACCUGAAUCGUUUUGGAGAGAGAUAAGGGUCGAAGAUGCGGAAGUCCUCGGCAAGUUGCUUAAUGUUUUGAUUCGAAGAUGUUGUCGAAAUGGAUUGUGGAACUUAGCGCUGGAAGAAUUAGGAAGGCUUAAGGAUUUCGGGUACAGACCGACUCAAUCGACAUAUAAUGCUUUGGUUCAAGUUUUUCUUAAAGCUGAUAGGUUAGAUACAGCUUAUUUAGUUCACAGGGAAAUGUCAGACUCGGGGUUUCAUAUGGAUGGCCAUACCUUAGGUUGUUUUGCAUAUUCCCUCUGCAAGUCGGGGAAGUGGAGGGAAGCUCUCGCCUUGAUUGAGAGUGAAGAAUUCCUUCCUGACACUGUACUUUACACAAAAAUGAUAGCCGGUUUAUGUGAGGCUUCACUUUUUGAUGAAGCUAUGGAGUUCUUGGAUAGAAUGCGUUCUAAUUCUUGCAUUCCUAAUGUUGUGACCUACAAUGUUUUGCUUUCCGGGUGUUUGAGGAAAAGACAGUUAGGCCGGUGUAAGAGGAUCAUCAAUAUGAUGAUUCCUGAGGGUUGUUAUCCAGGUCACCAAAUAUUUGUUUCUCUUGUUCAUGCUUUUUGUAAUUUGAGGGACUACUCUUAUGCAUAUAAGUUACUGAAAAAAAUGGUUAAAUGUGGGUAUCGUCCUGGUUAUGUGGUCUACAAUGUAUUACUUGGUGGAUUAUGUGGUAAUGAGGAAUUGCCUGGCCCUGAUGUACUUGAAUUAGCUGAGAAUACUUAUAAUGAAAUGGUGGAUGCUGGGGUCGUAUUGAAUAAAGUAAAUGUGGCUAACUUUGCUCGAUGUCUGUGCGGGGCUGGAAAAUUUGAGAAAGCACAUUGCAUCAUUCGCGAGAUGAUGAGUAAAGGAUUCAUACCUGAUUGUAGCACAUACUCCAAAGUGAUCAGUUUCCUGUGCGAUGCAUCCAAGGUAGAUAAAGCAUUUACACUGUUCGAAGAGAUGAAGAGUAAUGGUGUUGUUCCUGAUGUUUAUACGUACACAAUUCUGAUUGAUAGUUUUUGUAAGGCUGGACUGAUUGAGCAGGCAUGUCGCUGGUUCGAUGAGAUGGUGAGAGAUGGCUGUGCACCUAAUGUGGUGACUUACACUGCGCUCAUCCACGCUCAUCUCAAGGCGAAGAAGCUCUCUCGUGCAAAUCAACUCUUUGAGUCUAUGUUAUCUGAAGGUUGCUCUCCUAAUGUGGUUACAUAUACUGCUUUGAUUGAUGGUCAUUGUAAAGCCGGAGAAAUUGAAAAGGCAUGCCAAAUAUAUUCGAAAAUGAGGGGAAAUGCAAGUCUCACUGAUAUAGAUAUGUAUUUUAGAGUCAGUGAAAAUGACUUAACAGAACCGAAUGUUUUCACUUAUGGGGCUUUAAUUGAUGGUUUAUGUAAAGCUCACAAGGUCAGAGAAGCUCGUGAAUUAUUAGAUGCCAUGUCAGUGGCAGGCUGUGAACCAAACCAAAUUGUCUAUGAUGCUCUCAUAGAUGGAUUCUGUAAGGUGGGGAAACUUGAUGAAGCGCAAGAGGUUUUUGCUAAGAUGUCAGAGUCUGGGUAUAGUCCCAAUGUGUAUACAUACAGUUCUUUGCUCGACAGACUGUUUAAGGAUAAAAGGCUUGAUCUUGCUUUAAAAGUUUUAACCAAGAUGCUAGAGAACUCUUGUGUUCCUAAUGUUGUCACCUACACAGAGAUGAUUGAUGGCCUAUGUAAAGUGGGAAAGAAUGAUGAGGCAUAUAGACUUCUGGUGAUGAUGGAGGAAAAGGGUUGUCAUCCUAAUGUUGUUACAUAUACUGCAAUUAUAGAUGGUCUUGGUAAAGCGGGCAGAAUCAACAAAUGCUUUGAGCUUUUUGAACAGAUGCGUUCUAAGGGUUGUGCUCCAAAUUUUGUGACUUAUGGGGUUUUAAUAAACCAUUGUUGUGCAGCUGGCCUUCUUGAUGAUGCUUAUAAACUUCUGGAUGAGAUGAAACUCACAUAUUGGCCUAGGCAUGUAGCUGGGUACCGUAAAGUCAUUGAAGGUUUUAAUCGCGACUUUAUAAUUUCUCUUGGGCUUUUAGAUGACAUGGGUGCCAGUAAUUCGGUGCCUCUUGUUUCCGUCUACAAUGUUUUGAUAGAUAAUUUUGUUAAGGCUGGACGACUGGAGGUAGCUUUGGAUCUACAUGAAGAGAUUAGAUCAUCUUUAGUUAGUUUAGCUGGCUACAAAACAGUCUAUGCUUCACUUAUCGAAAGUCUCUCUCUUGCUGGUAAGGUUGAUAAGGCCUUUGAGCUGUAUGCAGACUUGAUAAAGCAGGGUGGCGUUCCAAAGUUAAGCACAUUUGUAGACCUCAUAAGAGGCCUUGUCAAAGUUCAUAAAUGGGAUGAAGUUCUGCAGCUGUCAGACAGUUUAUGCCAGAUGAAUAUUGUGUUGGUCAAAGAUGAAGGAACAGCUGUAAAAGGUUGACAUCACCUGCUUUUCUACGGCUUUCUGUUGAACCUACUGGCAAUCAGCCUUGUACGGAAACCCCAGAAUUCCCUGGUUUUGGACUGCUGAUGAUAUUAUUACCAGGAAAAAGGGCCAUAGGUGCAAAUAACAAAGCAACUUGAUGGAAAACAAAGGUAUAUACAGUCAGAUUGGCACUUUUAUCCAGAUUGCUGUGUGUAUGUAGUCUGCUUAAUUUAUUCUAAUUCUUAUGGUUGGCUUUAUAUCUUUGAGUUUGUUCAAUUCUUCCAGUUUCAGUGGCUGGAUAGGGCAUAUCUGUGCUAGGAGUGAAUGGUGAUUUGCUGAUGGAGUGAAUUCAACAUUCUAACAGAAUCGGACUACAUGAUGCUUUCUCCAGUUUGUUGAUAGAAACAAAUGAUCACAUGCGUUAUGCUCAUUUACCGUCCUAGGUUGACCUCUUUGUUUUCUUUUCCUGUUGCAUAUCCGGGAUCUUAGAUACUAUUUCUAUGCAGCUUGCUUGAGCAGCUGUAUCUACGGCCUUUGCACUGCCGGAGCAUCCAAACAUGACAAGGUGCAGGUUUGGUUUAGGUGACUCGUCACUGAAGUGAAAUCGGUGAGUUGCUAAAGUUUGCGAGUAAGUAAUAGACCACGGGGUGGGAUGUGGUGCAGGAAGUGCUCAGAUCAUCAGAGACUGGGCUGGCUCAGAUCUACUCCCUCUACUGAGAGGUGCAUUUGUAGCAUGGUGUGAAGAGCCCUUGGAUACAGCACUUACUUUCGGGGAGUUUUUUCAAUCCCGUGAGAGGGAGCAUUGUCCAGUCGCUGCCACAGGGAACGGACAUUAAUAAUUAGUAGGAAACUUUCUAGACAGCCAUUCGGUUGAAGAUGUUUCUGGUGUUAAGACCAUUAUGCUGCUAGGGAAGGUACCAUUGCCGAGGGGGGAGAGGAUGUUACUGUGGCGCCAACGCUAAGAGCUUCUGUGGUAGGUGUAGGAAGAAAUGCAACUUGAAAGCACUGUCCCUGCUUUCUUCUUGUUUUAAUCCUAGUCUUUUGGCGUUUUUCUAGUUGUACGAAUGGGAUCAAUGGGAGAUGCAUGAGAUUCUUCCUAUCCUGGGUAAUUGAAAUAUAACUUACUAAUGCCCUGAGCGCUUCUAUGCUUCCAUAGUUCUCCAUUCUCUGUAUUGGCUGAGGAGGGAUGUAUUUAGUCCUGAGUAAUUUACUGGGAGCAAUCACAAACAGUGUGGACACAGUUUGUGUCUGCUACUUUAUCCA